AGCCAGAAAUCUUGCUGAUUGAUAGGGGAUCAAAUACUUAUUUCAAAAAAUAAAAAAUAACAAUAUCGCAAACAAACUAUCUUUAUUUUAUUUAUACUAAAUACUAGAGAUGCAUCGAUCCGAUACUCAGUAUCGGCUCCGAUACUGGCAUUUCUGCCGGAUCGGGUAUCGGUCAGACAAGACCGAUCCAAAUCUGAAAUUGUGCGUAUACUGUGUUAUAGUUAAGCCCCACGAAAGCACAAAAAUAUUAUAAAGCACCAUAAAGUCAAAGUCCAAGUGUUCUGAAGCCGUUCCAUAGUUUAAUGUGAGGUAGAGAUGAAUAUUCAAGUCGUUAAAUUCAAGUUCACAUAAACUCUUCUAUCUGCUGCACCUGUCUGUCAUCCUGCAUUCAGCAUUCAAACUGCUUGUCGCGUUUGGGUACGGCAGUCAAGGCAAUGAAACUCUCUCCAAGAGCGCACAGUAACUGAAAUUUUAAACUGUUAAAAGAAAAGGCUCAAUAAACUAUCACACAGAUUUAAGAAACUAUGCAUCAAAAUCUCUUUCCUUUGUGCUUUGAACUUCUCUAUGCGGAGCGCAGCGCAGUGUGACUCCGUGUUAUUCAAGUGCAUCAUUCUGCGCAAGGGAAGCGCAUAAGUUCUUUGUGCCGCUCUCUAUUGGAGCUUUUCGUAUUAUAAUGCUUUUGCGCAAUGAAAGAUUAUUUAUAGCGUUUCUUGUUCUGUCCUAUCAAGUCUAUUAUUAAUCUAAUGUAUAGCACAGUAAUGGAGGAGGCAGCAACAUAUGAUUGAUAGGACUCCUCUAUCAUAUAUUGCUGCCUUCAUUACUGUGCUAUACAUUUAAAAGAAAUGUCUUUUAAUUUUGUAGUUUAUAUUUAUAAAUAAAUACAUUUACUUGUUUUCAUUAAUGUAUUUUACAACACAAAGAGCAAUGUGUAACAUUUUACCAGAUUUAGUCCUUCACAUAUUCACUUUUAUUUGUUCCGCACUAAAUAAUGUUAUUUCACUAACUGUUUAGAUUUUAUAAAAAUUUGCACUGAUUUUUCUGGAAUAACUUUUGGUGCUAAAUUACCCACUAACCUAGUUUAUAAUAGUAUUUUUGUCAUAGAUUAUGAAUGGACCUGUUUACACCUGGUCAUUCCAUGUGCGUUUUCGCUGAUCGGAUAUCUAUCUGAUUUUUGAAAACUAGGGAUGCACGAUAUUUAUUGGACCGAUAAAUUAUCGACCGAUACGGGUGAAAAUUACGUCAUUUUUAUUGCUCCAAUAAAUAAAUGCAAUCCGAUAACUAGAUCCGAUAACAACAAAUCUUAUAUCUCACUUGAAAGGUCGUAAUCACGGCAAAGCUGUAUUAAAAGAAAAUAAUAAUUAGGGACUUUAAGCAGCCUCCACUGCUGGAACGGCAACGGCAUUCCAACGUCGCGCGUUCGCGAAUUCAGCUGCUACUUUGUGGCAUUCUACUGUUACCGUCUACUAGGGGAGAACAGCUGCUUUGCCGUAGUCGUUACAACGUGACAGCUUAUGUAGUUAAAUGUUGCGUUUUAUGGUAUAUACCAUUUAAUUCCAUCAGUAUACAAUUCUAACCAUUAUUCUUUCAUUUAAUCUGUUGAUUAUGCUAUUUUUAACGAUUUUUUUCGUUUGUACAAAGAUAUGUCUGCUGUUAGCAACAGCACCUCAAGUAGCACUGAGACUAAAGAUAUGUGAAGAGAACAAUGUAAUUAUUGCCUAAACAUCCUCCUCAAUGCCACGUUGCGCCGUCUUGUUUAGGUUGCUUAAUGAUUUUUAUGUUCUCGGCUACAGAGGUGUAACAGCUUACUUCCGGUCAACGUAGCCGUUCCAUUCGCAGCUGUUGCUUAAAGUCCCUAUAUAACUUCCUCAUCCUCAUGCGCUAAAAAGGUUGAAUAGAUGCAUUUCUUUAUGCAUGAAAUAUUUGAUUAUAAAUUUGUUGUUAAUGAGUUGUUAAUUGCAGAUAAACCAUAUUCUGUCAUAGUCCUGUUAAACCAUUUCUGUUACUAAGUAUUGUGGUGCCUUACACAAAAAAUAAAAACAUUUGAAGAGUCAGGACUGAUGUUUGUUAUUAUAGUUAGGCCAGAACUACUAAAAUAUCAGUUUCAUCAGUGCAUCUUAGAUUUUGUAUUCUCCUGGGUGCACAAACUGCAGAUUAUAUGAAAAUUAUAAUAUAAAAAUGUGAACUUAUUGGUUAUCGUUAUUGGCUAUGAGAAGGACUUAAUUAUCGGUUAUCGGUAUCGGUUAAAAUUUUCAUAUCGUGCAUCCCUAGUGAAAACGUUUCCAUUUACACUUGGCCACAGUCGCAAAACAGAUAUAAAUCCGAUAUUCAAUUCCCGCGCUAUAUUUCAAUUUAACGAAGUUCACGUCAACGAAAUCAAAAGAUAAGCGCUGCAUUUUAUUAAUUAUCAGCUCAUUUCAAGAUCAAAGACCGCAAUAGGAGAGCGCGCGGCAUCAGCACUAGAAAGAUACGUUUUUCUUACUACUUUUAAUGAUGAUUGUGUUGAGCGUCUGCGUCUUACUUUCAGUUUCAUUCACGGCAGUUUGCGCGUCUGCUCGUUGAAGAGAUACUCAGCUACUCGUCUGCGGCGAUGCGUGUUGCAUUAGCGCAAUCAUAUCUGACUAUAAUGUCAUAUAGCCUGUAACACGGUCUCACACGUUUAUUAUUUUUUACAUUUUGGGAGGAGUAAAAUUUACAUAUGUGGUUUCAACAACCAGAUGCAUUUACACAUGUCCAGUUUCGUCUGGAAUGCGGCCCAGACCACCUCCUGAAGUGGUUUGAGCGAUUGGAUUUAUAUUACAAAAUGCAUGAAGUGACCAGGUGUAAACAGCCCCUAUAUAUUUUUUCAUGUUAUUUUUUCAUUAAAAUUAAGUUAUCUAAUAGAUUGUGUUUAACACGCAGAAGAGUGACACAGAAGUAUAGAAAUUCUACAUUGAUUUAAAAAAAAAAAAAAACUGCGCUGGUAUCAGAUCGGAAUUGGCCGAUACUCAGAAUUUUCUGGAUCGGAUCGGAUCUGAAAAAAUGGUAUCGUUGCAUCCCUAAUCACUGCAUCCCUACUAAAUACCAUUUCUUAAAUUUUCUUUUUGAUCUGUUGUGAAAUAUGACUGAAAUUGCUAUUAAUUUCUAUUAUAUUCAUUUCUAAUGAAUAUAAAAAGAAAAAAAUGAAUGUUGUAAUGAAAUAUUCAUACACUCUCUCAUAUAAACACACACAAAAUCAAUCAGCACUACAAAAUUGCACUGCUAUCUGGUGAAACUUCUUUUCUGUCAAAACAUCUAAGCAAAACGGUGAGAGCUGUACAAGGCUACAGCUGGCACCCAUAAUAACAUCAGCUAAGCAGGCAAAAAAAAUCUACAAUAUGAGAGAACAAAGACACAGGGAGAGAAGAUUGGGAGUGUUGUGCUAGUGUUAGCAAACAGGGUUUCACAGCUUCACAGAGACACUAGGGGGAAACGAACACAAUCUGGUGAUGUCACCGCACCGACUGAACAUGCAUGAUUGGCUCCUCAGACAGGCAAAAGCCCUCUAUAGGCAAAUAUUUCAAUGAGCUUAAAGGAAACACCGUCCAACAGCCUACACAGAAAAUGGACAGCAGCCCACCAAAUCACAAAGAAACAAUCCAUGCUAUGCUUAUCUAUCUGUAUCUAUUUAUCUUAUCAUUAAUCUUCUCACAGGAGGUUGUGUAAAAACAAUAUCUGCAUGGGUGUAGUGCUGCAAAAGUCACAUGUCCUUGUCAGUGUGACGAUGAGUAAAAUGAGGUCCACACUGGGAACAAAGCUAGAAAACGAGCCUCUGGUGUCUUUUCCCCUUGUUUCAUCAUGCAAAGGCUUGACUAUUUUUACACGCUUCCUAAAUAAAGAUGGAGAGCCAUGUGGGCUAAUACAAUAUAACAUGGCAUAAACAUUGCACAGAUUUUCAUCACACUAUUUGACAGCAUAUAUCUAGUGUCUUUACUUGACAGAAACAUGGUGUUACCUCAAAUUCAGUCCACAGAAACAGAAUCUGGUACACUGGCCAAAAUAGCACUGAAGGUUAAUAGACUGCAGGUUAAAUCAUUUUAUUAACUGGAGCUGCUUUAAAUAUACUGCUACAAGAUGUAUAUAAUGACUCUAGAUUAUAGUAACAAGCCUUUGUUUGAUCCUAAUCUAAUCACUGCAAUCCUGCUCUGCUUUGAGGAUAAACUGACCAAAACAGUCAGGCUGACAGAACAAAAAGAAACAAAGAUCCUUAACAACAAGGAAAAAAAUCAAUAUGAGUAUAUCAAUAUCACCUGACUCUUAAAAAGCAAAUUCUUGGCAAACAUCCGCCACCAUAUGAAGUGGUAAACAAACCCAUAGCUUGAAAGGAGAUAGUUGCCAAUGAGGUACAAUUUUCCACAGACACAAAGCAGUGUACAUUACCAAAAUAAUGCAACGUUGUUCACUGAUGUGUCAAAGGGGAUGAACUAAACUAUAAGGACAACCUUCCCACUGGGCCUGAGCAUUGACACAAACAGCUGUCAAACAGAACACACAACAUGUAAGAAAAUGAAUGGCUAGUCUACACACCAGUGACCCUCAAAUGGUAACAAUCCUGAAGUAUUGCACAACAGGCCCACAGACACACAUCGUCGAAUUAGAAUUAGGCUCUUUAUUACAGCAUUUGUGCCUAAACUAAAAAUAACCAGGGUACAUGUCAGUAACAUUUCAGACAACACAAUAAAGCCUUUUUACAAACCUAAUCAUUCACGUAGAUGCUGCAACAAAAGAGCUCUUUGUUAUUAUGACAUGGAAUAUCACUAAUUUAGUUUUAAUGGCUAGUCAAGAAAGCUACUUUAUAGUUCAAUUAAACAUCAUACAAGUAGGCUUAAUUGUAACGCACACUUGUGUUUAGUAAAUGCAAAUUAGUAUAUAUUCUGUCAGAAAACUGUAUACUAGCAACUAUAUUGUUCAAACUAACUAAAAAAUAAGUAAUAGCACUUAAUGAAUUAUUACUGAUAAACUGGAAUAGACACCAGCAACAAUUACAAUACAUACUAGUACUAGUGGGGAAUGAAUAGUUGAUAUGUGAAUCUCAGAUUUCCAUAGAAUUCAAUGGCAAAAAUGUGAAACUUGUUACCAGGAACGAUAUAGGCCUAAGCUAUUUGGCACUACUGGGACAGUGACUAGUGGCAAAUGAAUAAAUUCUUGUAAAUAAUAUACAAGUACUAGACUAAUUAAACAGAUACAGGUCACUACUGGAAUGACGACUAGUCUAAUGAAUGUCCAGUGAAAUUAAAAAGACAGCAGUCACUGUUGGAUUACUCAUUUGUGAUCAAAAAAUAAGUAGCCUACUAGUAAAAUUAAAAAUAGAUACUAGUUCGCCUGAAAGCAUAUUUUUAAAACAUACCCACUAAAUGCUUAUAAAUUGUGCUUAGUGAUAGUUCUUAAAAUAGACUGCUUUAUUAUGUACUCUCUAGAAGCAUGUACAUAGUUGUUAAACAAAAAAGUACAUCUGCAAUGGGUAAAUUCACAGACCCCCCUGAGGCGACUGGGUCAUUCGAAACGCCACAACUGUUUAAACAGCUAACGUUAGUGUUGUGGAAUUCGAAUUCGGCGCAUCGAAAAGAUUCGCUCGGAUUCGAAUCAUUCGAUAUUGUUCGUCAACACAAAUACGCACAUGUUCGUGCGUCAAAUAUACCACAAAUACGCACCAAAAACAUUUUCAGCGAUUUGUUUCGUUGUGAUGAGGCGGGCGUCCUUACAUAAAUCAUCCGAUAGCGGAUAACAAAACACACUUAUGCAAUGCGGAGUAAAUUAACAAGCAUUUGCAAUUCAUUGCAAUGGUGUAGCUGCUUAGCUGCCCUUAUUGCCCUGCCGUGGCUAGCUAGCACCAGCCUCGACUAAUUCACCGAAAGGGAGUUCAAACCAUAAGCUUGGCAAAUCAAUAACACUUGAUCUUCUUGCCAUGGCAAUAGGUAAAAGCAGAGGAUCACAGCGACACAUUACUAACGGGAUAUCUAGGUCAAAGUUUGUAAAAACCAACGCAGGGGAAACCUCUGGUAACCUUUCAUCCUGGCCUGCUGAAGUUACCAAUCAAAUUGUCCAAAAGCCCAGAGGAAUAAAACAUCAUGGGUAUGGCAAAUCUCUUACCAAGCCUCGUUUCUUAGAGCAACUGGAGUCUCAUCUGAAGAGAGAAUUAGAAGCUUUAGACACACAUGGCAUCAAAGUCCAAGAGCUCAGACUGCAGGUUUUCCAGGAGGUGUUUGGAUAUUUAAUUGAAGAAUUUAAAACCUAUAAGCCUAUUUUCUCUGCCAUCAAAAAUGAGUAUGACAUCACAUUAGCACAUCUUCGUGAACAGAUCAGGGAUCUGCUACCGCUGCGGGCGAAGCUGGUGCUUGUGUCGGAACACUGUGAGAAGAGGAUUCUGGAUCAGAGAGUGCAGGAAAGAGAUGAGCUCCGAGCUCUGAAGCGAGAGUGUCAGCGUCUGCAGCGUGUCAUUGAGAGUAUGAGAGGACAACAGACUGCUCUGCAGAUUCAGGUUGAUCACCUAAAAGAGGAUCUGGCCACCCAAUAUCAGCUAUACAGGGAUGAACGUGAUGCACGAAAACUGCUCAUCACCAGAAUCAGCACAAUGACCUCUACCCAAGACACUGAACAUGAUGAUAAUAAUGAAGGUUAUAAUGAAGAGGAUGAAUCUGAGGAUCCUGUGGUGGUGAAAAUGGCUUUGCAGGUGUGUAGAGAGGACCUUACCAAAGUCCAAGUUGAUCUUAACCGCCUACAAGCCGAAUACAGUGAUGUGGUCCCACGACGAGACUGGGAUAACCUGAAUUAUGUGCAUGAGGAGACAUUAAUAAAGCUGGAAACCUUACAGACAGACUUUGACCAGUUAAAGUCCGAGUAUGACACACUGCUUGAGGUUCAUUGUCAGUCAGCACCUGCUGUGUUACACUCCAAUCAGUCUGUGGUGCAACAUGGCUCUGAUAACAAACACAUUGUUACAACUCCCAGACCAAACUGGGAACAAUGUUCAGACAUACUAGGAGGCAGUGAGCGAUGUAAAGAACUCUUUGAAGGUCAGUCCAGCCAAAAGAGGCUGGAGAUCUUGCUGCAGCAGAUGAAUGGCCAAAAUGAGUUCUUCACUGGUCUUGGCACAUCCAGUGACGUCCCCAUUUAUCUACAGUAUGAGGGGAAACUUAAGAAUCUUAAGCUCAAGAAAGCAGACGCAGUCAGAGUUAUUAAAGACAUCUGGAGAGAAAAAAACGCAGAGAAUGAAAAGAGUGAUGACACCAGAGAUCUGCAGAUGUUUCUUCACAGCUAUCUUGUGGAACAUUAUAAGGAUAAGGCAGGAGAGUGGGCUUACAGCUUGAUGGAAAGCAUUCAGAACAAUCUUGAAGAUGAUCUCAUUUGCCUUUUAAAUGACAUCUUGAUUGGAAAGGUUGAUGAGACUAUCUACCAUGGACAGAUUCAGCUACUGUCUCACUUGCUCAAGGUUUUAAUUCAAAGUGACACAACACAAUGUGGAUUACUAACUGUCUUAGAAUUUAGUGAUGCAUUGAAGAAGGCUUUCCCUCUGAAGGCAGAUCAAGACAUAGAGGAGCUGUUGGCGAUUGCUCAGACAGAGCUGAAGAGUAAUGGAGUGCGCAUUGCUUAUCAGACACUUUAUACAGAGGACACAGAUGGAAGACACAAAGAAUUCCUGAGUCUAGUUAAAAAACAAGCUACUGCUGAGAGACUCCAGUACAUCAGCGAGCUCAGAGUGCAACUAGAAGGCAAAGGGGAAGUGGAUGCAGAGCACCUCAGGACUGCCUUCAAGACUAUCGAUCCCUCACUGGAUCCUGAAACUCUGGACUGGAAUCUCAGUGUAGCUUUUCAGACAAAGGAGUGUGAAUUACAAGCUCAAGCUUUGAACACUGAGGUUGUACUACAGCGUCUCUCUGUGGCUAAUGUAAAAAGGGCAGGGCCUAAGUGAUGGCCAUUGUUAUGUCAAGCACAUUUCCAAUCUUUUUAUAGCACACUACAUAUAUAAACCAAGCAAAGCACUAGGGUAUAGAAAUACCUUAAUACUUUAAUAGUUUGCAUAUUAUGUAAUUAGAUAAAUCACAUAUCAAGAAUGACACAAUAAAAAAAAAUUAUUUAAAUAG